GUGCGUGCGUACAUUCGUGCUAACUUGAUUGCUCGUCGUUCGCUCGCGUGCAUGCGCUGUGCGUGCGUGCGUGCGUGCGUGCGUGAGAGAGAGAGAGAGAGAGAGAGAGAGGGGAGGUAGGGGAGAGUGAGUGGUGCGUUCCUUUGAGUGAGCGCCUCGAAAUAAGAGAAAAACAAAACACUCUCGGGUGAAAAGCAAUGCGGGUUCAUUGACUGCGCGCCGCGUCAAGCAAUGGCCGCAUGUUCGUGCCCGGUGCAUAGUGCGCGCGUGACAGGAGCUGCAACGAGAAGGAGGAGGAGCUCGAUCGAGGAUACGACGAGGACGAGACGAGCAUUCCCGACGUCUACCACGUCGACGUCCUCAAAGGUUGCCCGCGAGACCGAACGGUGCACCGCCGGCGAACUCGUGCGAACUCGCCAAACUCGAUUAUAAAAGAUCGAGCGAUCCGUUGAAAGGGACUACUGCACUACUACACUACUACUACUCUUUUAGAAGAAUAAAAGAAGAAGAGGAGGAGGAGAAAAAGUGUCUGUUCUUUCGAAUGGACUGGGAUCUCUUAAGAAGGAUCGUUGAAGGAUGCUGCUGCGUAGUCGUUUUGGUUGGCUCCGUUGCUGACGGAGAGUGGACGCGCGCGUGUGCGUGCGUGUUGAGGAAAAUUAAAGCGUUUACCAGUGAUAAUAAUAGUAGAGUGAUAGGAAUAAUCGUGUGUGUUUUAACGAAAAAUCUAAUCGAAGAUAAUAAUAAAAGAAGAAGAAUAAGUAAUAGUAAUAGUAAUAACGGAAGAAGAAAGGAUUAGAAAGACAGAAGGUAGUUCUUUCGUCAUCGUCACACGUCGACGAUUCAACCUUUGGCGCGUGGCUUUUUGUUAGCGACGCAAUCCAACAACUACCAACUUAUAGUGUGCUACGAGAUAGAGAGAAAUAAAUAAAGAAGAAAGCAGGUGGAUCGAAUCGAGUAGAGCAAGCAAGCAAAGCGAGCAAGCGAGCAAGCGAGCAAGCGAGCAAGCAAGCAAGCAAGAAGGAAAGAAGAAAAGAAAGAAAGAAAGAAAGAAAGAGAAAACGGCGGCCAGCUGAAACCAGCAACCACGCGGUGGACAUGAUUAUUUCAAAGGAUCUCUUCCUCCUUGGCGACCAAGAUUAUCUGCGCCUUCCUAACAACGAGAAGCGCCAGCAACGGGCAAUGGGCCGGCCGAUCAUCAAUGCUCCCAGAGUGGAAAGCUCGACCCUGCAGUUGGUCUGCCCGUUGGAUUCUCGUCCGGUGCAGCUAAUCUUUCGUGGACUCCAGGUAUUCAAGGAGAAGCGAACACUUCUUCGUGAUGUUUCGGGAGUCGUCAAGCCGGGCGAGCUUUUAGCAGUUAUGGGCCCUUCAGGAUGCGGGAAAACAACGUUUUUGAAUUGCCUCUCCGGAAGGGUCAGUCUGGACGGUGGAGAGAUUUGGUUGAAUCGCGAGAGACUGACGAAAAGAUGGCGUCGUAGGAUUUGUUACGUACAACAACAAGACGUUUUCUUUCCUGAUCUCACGUUACGGCAAACCUUAGAGUACCAAGCGAGGCUGAGACUUCCGGACACGCUGACACACUCGCAGAAGAUGCAAUGCGUCGACCAUAUCAUCGAGGUUCUCGACCUCGCGGCCUGCCAAGAUACCAUUAUCGGCGAUUAUACGAGGCGAGGAUUAUCCGGCGGCGAGAAAAAACGAACGAGCAUAGCCUGCGAAUUACUCACGAAUCCGUCCUUAAUGCUGCUCGACGAACCAACGAGUGGCUUGGACUCGCACUCCGCGCAGGCUUUGAUCUCUCGAUUGAAAAAAUAUGCGGAACAAGAGGGCAAAAGUAUCGUCGUUACUGUACAUCAACCAAGUUCACGGAUGUUUCAUAGCUUUAAUAAGCUUCUCUUGUUAAGCCGUGGACAGGUCGCCUAUUACGGUUCUACGGCUAACAUUGGUAGGUUCUUCUCGACCAUCGGAUUGACUCUUCUGCCUCAUUACAACCCAGCUGACUUUAUACUCGAGCAAAUAAAGGGCCCGGAGGAAGUACGAGAACGCAUAGUAGCUGCAGCUCGAGCAUCGAGACAGGGACCGGACUGUCCGCCGGAACUUCGUCCGGACUAUAAUCCCAGCCAACAUCCGCUCUGCGACCAUCUCAUCCAUUAUCACGAACAUCACAUCGGGCACAACGGAAAGGAAGACGAAGGUGGCACCUUGUGGUUGGAUACGCAGAGUCAUGCGAGCAGCAGCGCUAAUUCCGCGGACGACGAUUAUUCGUGGCAGUGGCCAACCAGUUUCUGGUCUCAAUUCAAAGUAUUAUCGGAAAGAAAUUUUCAAGAGGCACGACCAAGAAUGCUGUCUCGCUUAAAUUGGCUACAAACGAUAGCCCUAGGCUUGUUGGCCGGUCUUUUAUGGCUCAGGCUACCUAGGACCGAAGCUGCCCUUCACGACAUUCAAGGAUGGAUGUUCUUCAGCACCACGUAUUGGAUGCUUUUCGCGCACUUUGGUGCACUCUCCAGUUUUCCUCCAGAACGGGAGGUUAUCAACAAGGAGCGAUUAUCGGGAUCGUAUCGGCUGUCGGCCUACUACCUGGCGAAAAUGGUCGGCGAGCUGCCAUUGACGAUAACGCUGCCCGCCGUUUACCAUAUCAUUAGUUACCCAAUGUUGGGCUUCCAGAGCCCUGCGGUUUUUGUCACCUUGUUGGCAUUUUUACUUCUAAACACCAUUGUCGCCCAGAGCGUCGGAUUUUUCGUCGGCGCCUGUUGUCUGGAUCUUCAAGUGAGCAUAACCGCUAGCGCCUUGUACACGCUCGCGACCCAACUCUUGGGUGGUUACUUGGCGACAGCUGUCCCACCGUGGCUAGCGUGGGCUCGAUACGCUAGCAUGGUGCAUUACGCCUAUCAAAAUAUGCAGAUUCUCGAAUUUGGCGUUGGAGAACCGAUCGCGUGCUCCCAGCCAAGUAAGUUUCUCGAAUGCAAGAACGGUACAACGAUACCCGUAUCGGCGAUACUGGAGAACCAGGGUGGCGCGAGGGGUUCGGGCUUGCCGCUUUGGGCGAACACGGCAGUUUUGCUAGCCUUCCUCGUCAUUUUCCGUACUCUUGGAUACCUCGUACUGCGCUAUUAUCGCGUACCCAAAUGAGACGGCCUUACCUAAGGCUUACCUAUUACUCUAGGCAGCAUACUUUUUUUUCUACGUACUCUCGAACGUCGUAGAGACGACUAUUUUCUGCGACAAACAAACAAAACCAACCGACUCUCCGAUAAACGGUGUGUGAUUCUCGCUAUUUCCUUGCGUGAAACGAACGAAUUUCAUUGACACUCAAAACAAAACCGUUCUUUUUAUUCUUUGUUCUCUUUUUCAAAAUUUCAACAAACGAAACAUUAAUUGUUAAUAAUAGACGCGAGGCUACGAUUCCAGAUAGCUAGUCAUCUCUCUCUCUC